UCAACGCGCGAAUCCAGUCAACUCCUGUAGCCCUAUCCCUCAUCUCUCUUCCAAAAACGGAAAAGGAAGACGAUAUUACAUUGAAAUAAUGACCACCGCUGCCGGUAAAGAAAUGUCCAACUGAAACUCCGAAUGAUUGUGCUGGAAGUGAACAGGUAGGCUAUGACGCCCGUGUGGAAACAACGGUUCGGAUGCGGUUACGCGGCGCCAGGCACGAGAUGGAGAGCGGCAUGUCAGUCAAGAGAUUCCUCCCUCUCUAAACGUAUGGGGGGUAUUCCUCACCCUCAGGCCUGGCCCUCUCUCCCCCUCCCCCACCUUGACCCCCUCCCUCCAGCCACUAGGACACGUCUCCCUAGUCCUUUUCCAGUCUUCCACACUCGUCAUGCUGAGCAGAGUGCCGAGCGACCACGCUUGGUUACUGUGGUCCGACCAUGCGGUCACAGCACCCUCAGGAAGGUGACAUUGCUGUUGAAUCGUAGGAGCGUGGUCUCGUACGAGCAGCUUCUAUUGGACGUCUCCGAGGCGCUGGGGUUCCCUCGCUGGCACAGGGCCAGAGUCACACGCCUCUACACACCACACGCACGAGAGGUGCGGGGUGUGUGUGAUUUCUUCCGUGGUGAAGCAGCGUUCCUGGCAUUGGGAAAGUCUCGUCCAGAGCUCCGGAGUGUCGAGGAGGCCCUGGAGGAGCUGUUUCCACAACAUUCCUGUUACCGCAACGACGCACUCCAGGCCUGGGAGAGGAGGUUACAACCUUCACCUGAUAAAGCUGCCAAGGCCGACAGUGGAUACAGCGAGGGGACAGACAUACACACACACCCUGACAAGGAUACACACACAAGCCUCGACACGAACACACAGACAUACAGUGUUACAUACACACAGGGAUGCAACCUGGACACACACACACAUACGCACCAAGACACACUGACACAACCCAAUACACACCCCAAAACACUGACACACCACAAUACACAUCCAAACAGGCACUCCACACACAAAAACAAACACCCAACUAGACAGCCCAUACACCCUAUUCACACACACCUCGACACGGAUGCGCACACACAUAGACACCCUAACACGCAUUCUAACCAACACGCCACACACCCCUCUCACCCCCCCAAUCACCUUCAGAGGGUCAAAGUGAAAGUUGCAGCCAGAGAGAUUCUCUCCUCACCAAUAGGUCCCCCCACCCAGGAGGAAGAGCUAGGAGAGGAGCUAGACACGCCCCCUACUCCACUCUGCAGGAACUGUAAGCCUUCUGAAGGACCCAAUCCAAGAGCAGGGAGGGCUCCACUUCCUCCCGUAACCAGGAAGCAAACAGGAAACGGACCAAACGACAAGGAAGUAGAGAAACCUCAUGUCGGUCCCACCCCACUCCACACUGGACCAAUCUGCAGGCUUGAUGAGGAGUCCCUCAGCCAAUCAGAACCUUCAUCCUCAGAGUCUAAACAGGAAGAGGCGAGGACUAAACAGGAAGUGAUAUUUGACCUCCCAUCUGAUGGUAGUGAUGUCACCCUGUCAGACAUUGAGCGUUGCUAUGACAUUGGCCGCAUGGUCGGAGACGGGAACUUUGCUGUUGUGCACGAGUGUCAUCGGCGCGACAAUGGGGAAGCCUUCGCUGUGAAGAUUGUGGAGCACUCAAAGCUCAUUGGCCGAGAGCACAUGAUGCAGAAUGAGCUGAGCCUUCUGGGUAGCCUGUCACACCCCCGCGUGGUUCGCCUCUUUACACACCACCACACACACACACACUCCUAUCUUGUCAUGGAGAUGGUUGCCGGGGGCGACCUGUUUGAGGCAAUCGCGGUCCGUGGGAAGUUUCCAGAAGAGGAGGCAGGGCUGAUGGUGUGUGAUGUCAGCGAGGCUCUGAGAUACAUCCACAGCAAGACCAUAGUACAUAGAGAUCUAAAACCUGAAAACCUACUGGUGGAAUGUAGUAGUGAUGGCGUCAGUAGGUUGAAGCUGGGUGAUUUUGGUCUGGCCAUGGUUGUAACAGAACCCAUCUUCACUGUGUGUGGAACUCCCACCUAUGUCGCCCCGGAGAUCCUCUCAGAGACAGGGUAUGGUCUGCCAGUAGACCUGUGGGCAUUGGGAGUGAUACUGUACGUCCUUCUCUGUGGGUUCCCUCCGUUCCGGAGCAGAGACCGAGACCAAGGGGAGCUGUUCCAGAUGAUCAGAGAGGCUCACCUCACGUUCCUGUCACCUUACUGGGAUGACAUCUCAGACGGAGCGCGAGGCCUGGUGAGAGCCUUGCUGCAGGUGGAUCCAACAGAAAGACUGACGGCAGCUCAGACUCUUAUGUACCCCUGGAUUCAGACCACUACUGACCAGUACAGACCAACACAGACCACUACUGACCAGUACAGACCAACACAGACCACUACUGACCAGUACAGACCAACACAGACCACUACUGACCAGUACAGACCAACACAGACCACUACUGACCAGUACAGACCAGCACAGACCACUACUGACCAGUACAGACCAACACAGACCACUACUGACCAGUACAGACCAACACAGACCACUACUGACCAGUACAGACCAACACAGACCACUACUGACCAGUACAGACCAACACAGAUCAGUACUGACCAGCAGAGCCCAGCACAGCCGAGCAAAGGCCAACACCGACAUGAACCGAUCAGUGCAAACCAGCAGAGCCCAGCAAAGACCAACACAGAACACUACAGACCAGUACAGAGUCCAACCACAGACCAGUCCCGACCAGCACAGACCGUUACAGAACACCACAGACCAGUACCAACCCCAGACCAACAGCGACCACCACACCCAAUCCCCCCAGCGCACCACCCACCCACCCAGCCAGCUCCAUCUCCUCACUCCACCACUCAGCCAGUCCCAUCUCCUCACUCCACCACCCAGCCAGCCCCAUCUCCUCACUCCACCACCCAGCCAGCCCCAUCUCCUCACUCCAGCACCCAGCCAGCUCCAUCUCCUCACUCCAGCACCCAGCCAGCUCCAUCUCCUCACUCCACCACCCAGCCAGCCCCAUCUCCUCACUCCAGCACCCAGCCAGCCCCAUCUCCUCACUCCACCACCCAGCCAGCCCCAUAUCCUCACUCCAGCACCCAGCCAUCCCCAUCUCCUCACUCCAGCACCCAGCCAGCUCCAUCUCCUCACUCCAGCACCCAGCCAGCUCCAUCUCCUCACUCCACCACCCAGCCAGCCCCAUCUCCUCACUCCAGCACCCAGCCAGCCCCAUCUCCUCACUCCACCACCCAGCCAGCCCCAUAUCCUCACUCCAGCACCCAGCCAUCCCCAUCUCCUCACUCCACCACCCAGCCAGCCCCAUCUCCUCACUCCACCACCCAGCCAGCCCCAUAUCCUCACUCCAGCACCCAGCCAUCCCCAUCUCCUCACUCCACCACCCAGCCAGCUCCAUCUCCUCACUCCAGCACCCAGCCAGCUCCAUCUCCUCACUCCACCACCCAGCCAGCCCCAUCUCCUCACUCCAGCACCCAGCCAGCCCCAUCUCCUCACUCCACCACCCAGCCAGCCCCAUAUCCUCACUCCAGCACCCAGCCAUCCCCAUCUCCUCACUCCACCACCCAGCCAGCCCCAUCUCCUCACUCCACCACCCAGCCAGCCCCAUAUCCUCACUCCAGCACCCAGCCAUCCCCAUCUCCUCACUCCACCACCCAGCCAGCCCCAUCUCCUCACUCCAGCACCCAGCCAGCCCCAUAUCCUCACUCCACCACUCAGCCAGUCCCAUCUCCUCACUCCAGCACCCAGCCAGCCCCAUCUCCUCACUCCACCACUCAGCCAGUCCCAUCUCCUCACUCCAGCACCCAGCCAGCCCCAUCUCCUCACUCCAGCACCCAGCCAGCCCCAUCUCCUCACUCCACCACCCAGCCAGCCCCAUCUCCUCACUCCACCCCCCAGCAGGACCCAUCAACUGCUCCCCAGCCCCCCGGCAGUAGCACUUCUCAACCGCCCCACCCAAUUUCCCCACCCUCCAUCCUAUCCACAGCAACAUCCAAACGCAGCUGCCACCCACCUGGCAGAACUCUCAAUCUGCCCUCCCACUCCACCCAGCCUCCACCCACCCAUUCCCAGCCGAAUACCCACCCAGUCCCAGUCCCAGCACGCAGUGUCCCACCCCUCAACACCAAGCCCCAGUUCCCCUCAACCCAGCCUCCUGAAUGAUGGGGUUCCUGAAACUUUAAACGCUUCUCCAGGAAUUGAAAAGAUCUGGUAUUCUGCACAGACCCUGUUCAGGAUUGUGUAUCUGGAACUCACCAAUUGUCAUACACUGAUGUUCAGUCCCAUUCCAAUAAAAUAGUAAUCAUAAACUUUACCAUUUAGCUUGUAGUAUUUAGUUCAGUAGAUUAUCUAGCAUAACAGAUAACUCUAAUAGUUUCAAUACAUGUUUUUUUCUGACAAUGUGUGUAUUACACACACUUCCCCUUUGUACUGCACUAACAAUAAAUAACUUUGAACUGA